GUGUGAUAGAAAGUCAUACAAAUCUAUAUUUAUUACAACUAAGUAUUAUUAUAUUUUCAAUAUAAUUAUAAAAAUGGUGGCUAGCGCCGUGUGAAUUUAUUUUAAAAAAGUAAAUAAUGGAUCUAAUGUCCAGGGUAAUUACAGUACGACUAGUUUGAUUAAACAUCUGCAUAAAACACACAAUAUUGGUUUAUUAUUUGAUCGAUUCUUUAUAAAAUGGUUGCGUUCCUACUGUAUUGCUAUCAAAAUUACCAAAUGUCGGGAAUAUCGCUUACAACCUGUGUUGCAAUUGUGAAUGAAGUCGUUAGUCAGCUGAUAUAUGUAAAUAUUUAGUAAACUCUGUAUUCUUUUGUCGGCUUAUUCACAUGGAAAAUAAUUAUAUCGAACAAUUUUAGAGUACAAUAUUUAUAGUGUUUAAUGGAUUUUUCAGAUUUUAAAGUGCGCGAGUGCCCCCCAUCGGCAGUAUAUAUUCCAAACUUCAUAACAUCCGAAGAGGAGAAACGCAUUUUGUCUCAGAUCUCGCGAACCCCAAAACCUAAAUGGACUCAGCUUCUUAAUAGACGCCUCAUUAAUUAUGGAGGAGUACCCCAUCCAAAUGGAAUGCUUGCUGAAGAAAUUCCGGAAUGGUUACAAGUCUAUAUGGGAAAAAUUAAUAAUUUAAGUUGUCCAUAAAUUUAUCCAUUGUUAUUUGGUCAAGGAGCACGAAAUCGCUGACUCCAACUUCUCGAUGUUGUAAUGCCAUUUCCGAAAUAUUUUCUCGUGACAAAUAUUAUAUUAUUAAAUACACAAGGUGUAUUUUCAAAGCAGACAAAUUUUUAUCUUAUUUAAUACGUAAAUUAGUAAUUCUAACUGAAAAAAUAAACAAAAUUAUUAAAUCGGCGAGAAUUUUAAAAACGGAUACUGAAAUUACAUAAGAUCUCAAAGCUAUCCCAACAAAAAUGAUUCAGUAAGUAAAUAUAUUAUUUCCAUUUCGUUAACAAGAAAAAACGUUAUCUUCAGUUGCACCGAUAAUACCCUUAACAAAUAAAAAAGUUUCCAUACAAGAACUUGAUUUUGAUCGGUCGAUUUGUAUGGCAGCUAUAUGAUACAGUGGUCUGAUUGGAACAAUUUGUCUGGAUAUUGUAGCAUUGCUGGGAUAAUAAUUCAUGAGGGAAUUUCGUGAAGAUAUCUUGACAAAUAAAAAACUUUUCCAUACAACAGCUUUAUUCUGAUCGUUCAGUUUGUCGUCCAAUAUGGAAAAUUUGUUCAGAUAUUGUGGUAAUGUUUUAAACAAAAAUCCAUGCAAAAUUUCGUGAAGAUAUCUUGUAAAAUGAAAAAGUUUUCCAUAGAAACACUUGAUUUCGACAGUUCAGUGUGCGGUCAGUUGCGACAGCUAUAUGCUAUAAUGGUCCGAUAUCGGCGGUUCUGAAAUUUGAACAACGAGUUUGGUUGAAAUUUUAUGCGAUGGCUCCGCGUCCGCAAAGAACUCCUUCAUAUUAUUUUCAUAUUCCAUUAAUAAGUUCUACGCGAAAGAUAUACGGACACCCCUGGUUAUUUUUUUGAAUUAAUGCAAAGAUAAGUUAUUUGCGAAAGCACUAUGGACACCCACUAUCACUCAUCAAUAUUUAUUUGAAUUACGAGGUGCUAAGUUUCCUCUGAUAACCACUUUUCAUCACUAGCAUAAGCACCUUUCUUUGUUUUUCAGUAAAAAUAUAAAAAUAUUUGAAGAUAAUUAAUUGAUUUUACAUAAGUAUGAAAAUAUCAGGGAUUAACUUGUCAAGUUAUUAUUUUUCUUAUAUGUAUACACACUUUCGUACAUUUCGCCUCCUUUAAUUUUUAAAUAUUAUGAAUGAACUAUUUAUAAGUUUAUUGGUAUUGGUAACUUGUUUCACUUUUAUCAAUUAAUUUAUUUAUAAAUUGAAUCAGUAGCAAUGCAUAAAAUAAAUAAUUUAACCGAAAU